UCUAUUUAUCUAUUUAUUUAUUGAUUUAUGUUUUUCAAAAAAUUACUCAAGUUAGUAAACACUUGAGUCAUUUACUGACUUGAGUAAAUACUCAAGUUAGGGCCAUGUGAAAUAAAGCUCAUUCAACAUUUUAGGUUCGCUUCACAAGGUGUAACUGCAGAGUGGGUUGGAGCUUCGAGAGACACCGACCCAGACCGACCCAGAAACGGACAGAACCUGCCACCGGGACAACAGAGGCGUCUCGGGCCCAGUCAGACUCUCAGUGGUCUCAGUGGAGCGCAGCGCCACAGCGCCCUCUGCCGGAUGGCAACUGAAUGAUUCCAACGCUGACAACAAGAUGAAUUCCCGUUCCCCCUCCUGCCUCCCCCUCCUCGCUCACUGACCUGCUGCCGAUUCUUCUUCUUCUUCUUCUUCUUCGCUCCGUUGGUGCCUUCUGAGAGCGGGGAUGGGCAGCAUCCUGCAGGAGCGGGUAGCGCGGCGCUGCGUGGAGAGGCUCUGCAUCGGUGACGGGGAGUGGAAGAAGAAAGCUCCGAGAAGCAGCAGCAGCAGCAGCAGCAGGCCCAAUGUGGCCGGGGCUAAGAUGGGGAGGAGGCAGUCACAGAGAAGGUUCCCCCAGCAGCACAGCCCGAUCCAGAACCAGGAGAAGACCCAGGAGAGGAGAAGGAAACACAAGUCUAACUCUUCCUCGACCAAAUGCGGCGCUCCGCAGCACAGCGCUCAGGGAACCUCCGUGUUUCAUCCAGCGACCCCUGAUGAAGACAGGAUGAAAGUCAAGGUGUCAUCAGCCAGUGAGAACAGGAAGCAGACGCACACAGGGCGGAGGGCGAGCAAACGCACAGCAGCCCUCCCGGACCACUCCCUGCCCCGUCCCAGUCCUGACCAGCAGGAGCAGCUCUCCCCCCAGGAGGACAGUGACACUGACUUGUCAGAGUCAGAAAGACUCCCCCUGUCCUGCCGUCCCCUCGCCCCACGCCUGGAGCUCAGGCCCGAGGUGGUGGAGGACGGAGACGCCCCGACUCACUGCCGGACGGUCAGAGGACGGGACUUCCCAGACUGCCUCCCUCCACCGUUCAAUUCGUGGAGCCUCAGUCAGCUGGCUGUUUUCUACAACACGGAGGGCAGAGGGGUCUUCCGACCCCGGCCUGUGGGCCCCUUGGAGCGCUACCUGGAGAGGUUGCUGCAGCUGGAGUGGUAUCAGAUCCAGACGGUUCAGGUAGAGCAUGGGACACAGGAUGUACCAGGAGGGACGUCCGGGUGCCAGAGGUCCAGCGCUGCGGCUCCGGCCCGGGCCCCGACUCGCCUCAGCUCUCCCAAAUGCAUCCUGCAGUGCCAGCGCGCCUUCCCCCUCUCCUUCCUGUCCUCACUAGCCGGACACUCCGCCCUGCUGGCCGGCGGUACCAGUGGUCUAUGCCGGAUCUGCUCCUCCAGCUGUAGCACAUCGUGCUACCGCUCCACCCACAGCCACAACCAUCUGUCCAGACUGAGUCCGGAUGGGAGCAGAGGGCCCCUGCCGCGCCCCAAAAGGAGCUACAGUGAGAGCCGGGUCCACUCCUCAGACAGGAGGCUCAGAACCCAGAGGUCCGGCAGCCCAACUAGCUCCAGCAACUACCUGAGGAGGAUGCAGGCUUCAGGAAACAUCCGGAAUCCCAUCCAGGCUGGUCCAGGAAGGUCCCAUUCCUCUGCUAGGGGCCGUGAUGAGCCAGACUGGACAGCGGAAGUCCUAAGGAAGAGGAGCGGCUCCGAACAAAGGAGAGGUGGAGGGAGGCGCGUGAACAGAUCAGAGACGAGCCGGAGCAGUUCUGAGGGCAGAACAGGAGGAGAAGAGCGGGACGAAGCUCCCGGCUGGGCGGCACAGGAAGUCACUGGAAUCAGUGUUGGUUUACCCCGGUCCAGACAUCCCCCUGUCCACAGGCGGAGCAGGUCCAAACAGGUUGAAUUUGUUACAUGACAGCUCACACACUGCCAUCAAUCAGAGACCUGAUCAUCACCAGAUGAUCAACAUGUCUGUGUUUCAGCUGCAGAAAUGAUUUAAUGACUCAUUUUCAGCAUCAUCACAAACACAACGUGGUGUUUGUUGAAUGUUUACAUGAACAUCAGCGGAAUACGGAGGUGCUAAAGGCCUAGCUGUUCUUUUUUUAAAAGAUGUUUUUAUCCAUAAGCUACACUGCCUUACAAAAGUAUUCAUACCUCCAGAAGUGUUUUAUAUUUUGUCGCAUGAGCAACAUGUUUCUUUGUCACUCAACACAAAGCAGGGACGAUUUCUUUGGGUUUUUUUUUAAUCAAGGCAUAAAUCUAAACCCCAAUAAAUGAAUUAUAAAUAUAUAUAUAUAUUCACAUUCAUGUGUAUGUGUAUGUAUGUAUGUAUGUGUAUAUGGCAAUUUUGAAUGUUUUGUUUCACUGCCGUUUCCAAUAGUAUGAAUUGGAAGCCUGACCUUGCAUUCAGGCAAGGUCUGUUUGAUAAAAGCCUUUUCAUUAAGCCCUCAUUUCUGUACUGAAACAUUUUUAUUGGCCUGGCAUCAUAUUCUAAUCUUGAAUGUCAUGUUUUCAACAGUUAUAGGCUGAAAAUCUUCUUAACUAAGAGAAAUAAAGGUCGGAAAAUAUCUAUUUGGAAUGAAUCUAUAUAAUAUGUUUCACUUUGUGAACAGAGUUGCUGAAAUAAAUGAACUUGAAUAAUG